AUGCUAAAGAAGAGAAACAAUGAAAGCAUUGUAUUGCAACACCGGACAUCAUCUUACAGCACCGGACAUCAUCUUACAGCACCGGACAUCAUCUUACAGCACCGGACAUCAUCUUACAGCACCGGACAUCAUCUUACAGCACCGGACAUCAUCUUACAGCACCGGACAGCACCUUACAGCACCGGACAGCACCUUACAGCACCGGACAGCACCUUACAGCACCGGACAGCACCUUACAGUACCGGACAGCAUCUUACAGCACCGGACAGCGCCUUACAGCACCGGACAGCACCUUACAGCACCGGACAUCAUCUUACACAGCGUAGUGUCACAUCUUACAACACUCACAACUUUACUACUAUAUUCGAUCAAUCAGAAUAA